AAGUGGGCUGCCGAGAACGCCACGGCGAGCUCAAGCAAUUGACUAAUUAUUGGCUUUCUCCUGUCUUGUACACAGACUUAUGAGGUUACAGACUGCUCUAUCUCUUAUACCAGGUCAAAAUCUGCUCGCUGAAGCGCUUUGUUAUCAGCAGCUUGCCAAAUUUACCUGCUGUAUAAGGUCAUGUAGCUCAAGGUUGCUUUUCUAGCUCAGAGCAAUAUAUAUCAUUCUGAUACGCCGACAUCAGCAACAUAGCCUUAUUUUCUUCAAGUUGCUAUCAUCAUUAAGGCUGGCCUUUUCGCCUUCUGCAAAUGUCGUCCCCAGAAAGCCAGACCGGAAUUUCCUUUGCAGGCAAAACGGUGGUCCUGACUGGGGCAUCCUCUGGGCUCGGAUUCGAGGCUGCCAUCAAACUGCUCAAUCUCGGUGUCGACUCCCUUGUUAUUGGCAUUCGCAACCUGGAGCGAGGAGAAGCGACAAAAGCUGAGCUGGAGCUGCGCACCAACAGACCAGGGGUAAUCCAUGUCUGGGAAUUGGACAUGAGCAGUUUUCAAAGCGUCAUGCAUUUCGCAGCUCGCGUCAACGCAGAGAUCAAGCGGCUGGACAUUGUAUUACUCAAUGCGGGAUUGUGGAAUCGAAGUUACACAGCGUCACCUGAUGGAUGGGAGGAGACGUUGCAGGUCAACACACUGUCCACUUCGUUGCUGGCGAUUCUGCUUCUUCCUAAACUCCGGAGUAGCUCGUCUCCUGAAAGCCCCAGUCACUUGAGUGUGGUAUCAAGCAAACUGUUUACCAGAGUAAAAGUGGACAGUCUCCGGACUGAAGGCUCACUGCUGGAACAUCUCAAUGACCCCCGGCGCUUUACUGGGCCCCAGCAAUACCGGAUCUCGAAGCUCUUGAUGGAGUAUGUCCUCAAGACGGUGGCGCUACACGCGCGUGAGGAGAAUGGUUCAGUCCCAGUGAUUGUCAACACUGUCAGUCCUGGGUUCUGUGCGUCCUCUCUGGGACGGCAGUACGACCGAUUCUACGAGCGAUGGAUGAUGUGGUUAGUAUAUAAGCUCUUUGCUCGCACGGCGGAACAGGGGAGCCGGUCUCUGGUCAGUGCAACUUAUCAAGGAGUCGAGUCACAUGGGAAGUGCUGGAGAAAUGAUGGUUAUGUGGAUGAAUCGGCUGCUUUGACCACGGGGGAAGAGGGCAAACAACUUCAAGCCAAAGCGUUUGAGGAAAUAUUUCAAGUCCUUAGGCAUUCGGCUCCAGAGGUUGAAGAAAUGAUCAAGAAAUCGUAAUGAAGUGUCAAUAUAUGGUCUGCAAAAUAGAGGAUCCACCCUGAUAUCAGCCAGCAAAAGUUACAUAUAACUGGUGGGCCGUUACCGUCACCCAGGACUGGAAGGGCUGAACGUCACCUUGCCGUCCAAAGAGGAAAAAACAACCCAUGGUGGUUUGUCAUUUGCUACGGGAAUUACAUUGGAAGCUCGGGAAGAAUUUAGAUAACAUACUCUCAGAG